UUCUUAUUUCUUUCUCUCAUCAUAUCAUAUAUUAGAACUAAAUUCAAACUUGGACACUUGCUGCUUGCAUGGCUUCAGCAGAGAAAAGACUGGCAGAGUUUCUGAAUGAGAAACAAGAGCCUUUCAUCCUAGAGCUUUACCUUCUAGAAAGAGGCUACUCAAAAAGAUUGACUUCAAAGUCAACAAGUCUCAGUAAGAGAAAGAAAAGUGUCUUUCCAUUCUCCAAACUGCUAACAGCUCUACACAAGAAACUCGCUUUCCACAACCAAAAAUUUUGUGCUGCUGCAAACUCAGAUCGCUUCUCAACCGCUAGCAGCUCAACCGUCUUCCAUUCAUGCUCUGAUUUCGACGAAGACAGAACCUCUUCAGCAUCACACACUGAUAAUAUACCUUCCAGCCAGCAUGCUACCAACAAUGGAAAGCACUGCCAAACAUGCUUAGAACAAGGUCAAGAAUUGAAUGAGGAUGUUUCUAGGAUCACAAUGGAAAGGAGAAUACAGAAUUAUGGUGUUCUUGCACCCAAGAAAAUCACGGAGGAUUCGCUGCUUUCGGCAGCACUGUGGAGCUUACUCAUUCAGACAGCAAAAAGCGAAAGCUAUGGCUACAGAAUGCAACUGCAAGAGCUUCUUGGAACAAAUAAGUCCAACCAGGGAGUAUUCGAUUGCGAGAGAGAAGAAGAAGCGGGUCAACACGUUGGUCAUGAGUCAAAGUCAAAGAUAAUGAAGUUGUUGACUUUGGAUUACUCCAAAUCUAUGAAUGAAUGGAGUAAGUUUGAGCAGCAUGUUAAGGCCGUUAGCGUUGAGAUUGCCGAGGGAAUUUUGGAAGGCGUGAAACAUGAAAUUGUGUCAGAUAUGAUUCAGAUUUCAGAUUUUGAAAUCAUCAACACCAACCGCAUUCUCUUCCUACCUUAGUAGUAACAAAUUACCCCCAUUUCUCACUCUUUAUUAAGGAGUGCUAAAGAC